AUGAUCUUAAAUCUCUGGAUCCUCCUGCUAGGCUUAGGGCUAUUUUUGGCGGCGGAUGCGCGACGGCCCCAACCGAUCGGAAUUGAUCUGGGUCCUGAGUUACUUACAGCUGCGUACGCCCACACGUCCGAUAAUGUCUCGGUGAUCGCGGCGAUCACCCCGGGGCCAGAUGACAUCUAUGUUCGCCAUAUGCUGCUCCUCCGGUUGGAGUACGCAGACCGGCAUGAUAUUAUGCGUCCAUGGCGUAAAUCCGCACAGUGGACGUUGAAAGGAUAUCUGUCCGAUCUCAGCCAACAGUUGAUGACUGAGCUGAGAGCGUUUGGUGACAAACCUGCGCUGCAGAAUUCACAGAUCUUGUCAUUUGCUAGCACCGCAUUUCGUACUGUACUCCAAGCGGUCUCGUACACUCGGAGGCUUCUGAAGCAGAACGCUGCUGCGGAUAAUGAUAUCGAUCUGGACUAUGCUAUCAUCGCAGUGCCCGACUUUUUCAAUCAGACCCUCCGAGAGAUGGUGGUGGACGCAAGUAGGGAGGCGGGAAUCCAGUCAGCUCUCACCCCUGUUUCUAGAGCGACUGCGGCGACCUUUGUCUCUACAUCCACUAUAGUAAAACCCCCUGGCCUCAACUACGCCGUCAUAGACCAUGGAAUGUUUUAUCUGGACGUUAGUGCCGGGCACGGGCGGGAGCACAUCCAUCAGUAUUUCCCUGCUUUGCAGUUUGGCAGCACAAUGAUCGAUAAGUAUGCUACGGGCCGGCUCGUGGACCGCGUGGAGGAACUCAAUAUGGAGAUCGCAAUUGGAGCCUCUGAAACUGCGCUCUAUGGUCCUGUGAGACAGGCCCGCACUUUGAUCCGUGAUGACCUGGAUUCCCAUCUCCUCGGGUCUAAAAGCGACCAGGAUCGUCACUUCGAUGAGUAUCCUCUUGACCUGACGAACUGGGGUUCUGGACAAUCUCAGGCUGUUCUGUCAUGGGAAGACGUACACGCUGCCGAGAGACGUUUCAUUGAGGUAGUCACUUCUAACCUCAUCAUUUACCUGGCUGCUUUGAGACUCCGCCGCUUACCUGAUGCUCCGAGGGACCCUAUCGUACCUGAAAAUGUCGACCGAGUUGUGAUUCUUACCACCGGCCCUGAUGGCCAUCUAUUGGAGCAAGCAGUUCGCGAGGGCCUUGGAGACCACAUUGAAAUUAUCGGAGGCGCACUGCGGGAAUCCUUUUCACUGGCGGCGUCUGGAGCCGCCCGUGCUGCUCUAGUUGCUAUGUCUCCUGGGAUGUGUCGUAAGAGAUCUGAACGUGGUGUAUUUGAUCAUGAGCUUUAG